CCCGCCCCGGGCCCGCCCCUCCCGCCGCAGCUGCCGCUGGGUCCGGGCCUGGGCAGGCGGCGGGGCCGGGGUGCCGCGCCGGGGCCAUGCUGGGCAAGGACUACAUGCUGGCCAUCGUCCUCGUCAACUGCGACGACAACCUCUGGAGUGACCAGAGCCUGGAGACAGACCCUGACCUCCCCCCAGGCUGGAGGAAAAUCUGUGACUCUCUGGGCACCUACUACUGGCAUGUGCCAACCGGCACGACGCAGUGGCAGCACCCUGCACGCACCACUGCCCCUGGAGGGCGCCCGGAGGCUGAUGGAGAGGAGACACCCCAGGGAACGGACUGCCAUGCCCCCGUGGCAAAGCACUCAGCAAAGGACAGGCCCAUUCCCAGCCCCAUGGCCUCACUGUCCCGGAGGACCUCCCUGCCCUGGCACGGAGAUGACUUCCAGAGCUCAGAGCCUGGCUCCAAGUGCUUUGCUGUGCGCUCGCUGGGCUGGGUGGAGAUCCCCGAGGAGGACCUGGCACCCGGCAAAAGCAGCAUCGCUGUCAACAACUGCAUCCAGCAGCUCUCCAACAGCAAGGGCCAGGGCUCUGCCGAGAACCAGGGUGAGGGCCAGGACCUGGUGAUGAUCCUGAAAAAGGACACCAUGAGCCUGGUGGACCCGCUCGACCGCAGCCUCAUCCAUCGCCAGCCCAUCCUCAACAUCCGCGUCUGGGGCGUUGGGUGCAACAACGGCAGGGACAGAGACUUUGCCUUCGUGGCCAGUGACAAGGACACCUGCGUCCUCAAGUGUCAUGUCUUUCACUGCAAUGUGCCUGCCAAGGGCAUAGCCAAGGCCCUGCAUGAGAUGUGCUCCAAGAUCGUGGCUGAGCGAGCUGUAGCGAGCAGCGGGCUGCCCCGGGCCACCAUGCUGAAGCCCAUCUCCACCGAGGACCUGUCGCUGCAAGUGGAUAUCUUGGAAGCAGUGAGGCAAUCCAUACAGACCUAUGAGGCGCUGUACAUCGGCAGCCUGCCUGUGCCCAGGGCCAUGGGGAUGGAUGUGCUGAAUGAGGCCAUCGAGAAGCUGACAAGGGGCCCCGGGCGGGAGCACUGGAUGCCAUCCCUCAUCCAUGUGUCUGACACGGCCAUGAGGGUGCACCCUGCGCAGGAGGACGAGGACGCGGCGCACAUCUGGGAGUGCCAGGUGCGGUACGUGACCUUCCUGGGGGUGGGCCACGAUGCCCACACCUUUGCGCUCAUCGUGGACACGGGGCGACGCUUCCAGUGCACGGCCUUCUGGUGCGAGCCUGAUGCCGGCAGCAUCUCGGAGGCGGUGCAGGCAGCCUGCAUGGUGCAGUACCAGAAGUGUCUGGUGGCUGCUGCCCCGGGAGCGAAGGCGCGGGCCGCGGCGGGCGGGGGCCCGGCGGGCUCGGGGGACGCGGCCGGCGGGGCAGCCAAGGCGAGCGGGGGCAGCGGCGGGGCGGCGGGGGCCGGUGUCCGCAAGCGGGGGCUCUUGUCCUUCCUGGAGGUCUUCCGCCUCAGGCGAGCCCUGCUGCACACCCCAUAGCGGGCCGGGGCCGGGGGCCGGGGCCGAGCAACCCAUCCCCAGCCCCGGCCCCACCGCCCCGACCCCGCUCCCCGGCCCCGUCCCGGCCCGCGCCACCCCGGCGGGGACCUGCCCCUUCCUGCCCCGCCCCGCGCCGCCGGGAGGAAGGGGCAGGGCCGGGCGUGACGUCGCGGCAUGGCGGAGCUCUACGUGAAGCCGGGGAACCGGGAGCGUGGCUGGAACGACCCCCCCCAGUUCUCGUACGGGCUGCAGGCGCAGGCUGGGGGGCCCAGGCGAACCCCGCUCACCCGCCGGGCCCCCCCCCCGCCCGCGGGUGCACCCCCAGGGGCUCCUCCAGACCCGGCCAGUGCCCCCGCGGCCUCUGCAGCAGCAUCACCCCCUCGAGUGCUGGGCCCGCCCCCCCUGGGCCCCAUCAGCCCCCCCCGGGCAGAGGGCAGGAAGCCGAGUGCAGCAGCAGGCCCCGAGGAGUGCAGUGUGCCCGCAGACACCGUGCUGGCCCCGCUGAGGGAGGCCCUGGCCGCCUGCCGCCCCACCGUGCAGAAACAAGUGUGCGACGACAUCGGGCGGCGCCUGACGGUGCUGGGGGACGCCUGGGCUCAGGGGAAGCUGUCGGUCCCGGUGAGGAAGAGGAUGAGCCUCCUGGUGCAAGAGCUCCAGCAGCAGCACUGGGAUGCGGCCGACGAGAUCCACCGCUCGCUCAUGGUGGACCAUGUGAAUGAGGUGAGCCAGUGGCUGGUGGGGGUGAAGCGCCUGAUCGCCGAGAGCAGGAGCCUGCCUGCAGCGGACAGUGACGCAGACGGUGGUGCUGAGGCUGAGCCUGACCAGGAGGAGCCCUGAUGGCAGGGAUGGGGCUGCGGACUGUGAUGAGGAGGGCAGCCUGUGCCCAGCGCCACGGCAGGAGAGGGGCCCCAGCUGCCCAAGGGGGUCUGGACACCUCCCCCGCCUCCCAAUCCUUGCCCAGGACAAGGGGAUUUUAAUCAUUGCAACAUUUUAGUGACGAUUCACUACAUUAUGUUUAAUAAACGGCACUAAUCUGCCCCGGGGUUCCGGCACCAGA